AUGGAAGAAUCAAUGUACAAUCACAGUGUAAAUAUUUCUGUGGUUAUCAAUGAUGGUACCAAGCCUCAGUUUGCAGAUUUUGAUUCUUGCCAAUCUUCUUCACCAGUAAUGUUCCUGUUAAUUCUUGCAUAUGUUACAGUAACUAUAGUAGGACUCUUUGGUAAUCUCUGCCUUAUCUUCAUCAUAACCAAACAGAAAGAAAAUCAUAACGUCACCAAUAUCCUGAUUGCAAAUCUUUCUGUAUCUGAUAUUCUUAUCUGUGUCAUGUGCAUUCCUUUCACUAUUGUCUAUACAUUGAUGGAUUAUUGGAUUUUUGGAGAUGUUAUGUGCAAAGCUAAUUCAUUUGUCCAGUGUGUAUCCGUUACAGUGUCUAUAUUUUCUUUAGUUUUGAUUGCUAUUGAAAGGCACCAGUUAAUUGUAAACCCACGUGGCUGGAAGCCUAGUGUCUCCCAGGCUUGUUGGGGAAUUGUGCUGAUUUGGUUCAUCUCCCUAGUAAUUUCCUUUCCUUUCAUCACAUUUCAUUUGCUUACCGAUGAACCUUUUCGAAAUGUCUCUUCGCACUCAGAAUUUUACAAAGAUAAAUUUGUCUGUAUUGAGAUCUGGCCUUCAGAAUUAGAUAGGCUGGUCUUUACAACAUGUCUCCAUGUACUUCAGUAUUUUGCUCCCUUCUGCUUUAUAUUUGUGUGCUACCUAAAAAUCUUUAUAUGCCUAAAGAAAAGAAACGGCAUGGCGGAUAAAAUGCGAGAAAAUGAAAACCGGGUGAGUGAAAGUAAAAGGAUAAACUUGAUGCUGGUUUCAAUUGUCGUGGCAUUUACAGUCUGUUGGCUGCCACUAAAUAUCUUUAAUAUUGUCUAUGAUUGGAAUCAUGAAGCUCUGAUGAACUGCCAGUAUAAUCUUGUAUUUACACUAUGUCAUUUGGCAGCAAUGAUAUCGACUUGCAUUAAUCCCAUCUUUUAUGGAUUCCUCAAUAAGAAUUUUCAGAAGGAUUUAAAUAUGCUAAUUCGCUGCAAAUACCAAUCUACUCAAGAAGAAUAUGAAAAUAUCGGUCUCUCAGCCAUACACACAGAUGUAUCCAGAUGCUCGCUGAAAUUAAACAAUUCCUCCCCAAACAUAUAG